AUGGUCAUUGCAGGAGGGAAUUCUGCAGUCAUAUCAGCCGCCUGCCAUUACCCUUUAACAAAGCUUCAACCUGUCAUCGUCUCAAGAUCCGGUCGCCAGAAUGACGAGAUUAGUGACCGCCUGAUGGCCAACGAAGAGCAUGGAGAGCUCGAGGAAGUGGCAAGACAGAAGGUUAAAUGGGGAGUAUUAUUUCCUGGCAACGGUGAUGAGAGCCUAGUUGGUCAUUUGGGCUUUGGUACAAAGGACUCUGACAUUGCGGAACCUGUUGAAGGCGAGUACUACAGUGGCUUGUGA